AUGGAUCAGUCAAAACAGGAAUCAUUCGAUUUAUUCCUUUGCGGCACUUCAUUCGAGAAUUCUCUCUUUGACCGAGCUUCUUCCUUGUUGCCACAAACUCUAAUGCAAGAAUACUCAGAAGCUGUCGAACAACUCGUGAAUCGAAGCUCGGAAAUUACGGCCAAUGAGAAAAUAAAGGUUUUCUGUGGCACAUGGAAUGUGAAUGGCGGAAAAAACAUGUACAAUGUGGCCUUUCGAAAUCAGGAACGCAUCGCCGAUUGGCUUUUCCCGAACGAUAGCAAUUUGGUGACAAUUUCGACGGAUAUCGAGAAAAUUGCAGAUGUUGUUGCGAUCGGAUUGGAGGAAUUGGUGGAUUUGAAUGCACAGAAUAUGGUGAAAGCGAGCACAACAAAUCAACGCGUCUGGUUGGAGGGGAUUCGGAAAGCUCUCCACGAGAAAGCCCCGUAUAUUUUGUUGGGAUGUGAGCAAUUGAUGGGCGUUUGUCUAUAUGUUUUCAUUCAUCCUCGGCUAGCGCCCGCGUUGAAAGAUUUCGCGAUCGGGAGUGUGAAAACGGGAAUGGGUGGAGCAACGGCUAAUAAAGGUUCGGUCGCUUUCCGUUUGGUCGUUCAUUCGACUUCGUUGUGCUUUGUUUGCUCGCAUUUUGCUGCAGGACAAAAUGAAAUACCCGAUCGAAAUGCGGAUUGGCAAACGGCAAUGCGAAAACUCCGUUUCCCUCAGGGAAGAGAUAUUGCAAGUCACGAUGUUAUCUUUUGGUUUGGAGAUUUCAACUAUCGCAUUUCAAUGGGUCGAGAGGAUGUGAAGCGAGCGAUUGCCGGGAGACAAUUCGAUGAGCUCGUCCCAAAUGAUCAACUCACUCAACAAAGAGCUGCUUCAAAUACAUUCGUCGGUUUCAAUGAAGGUCCCCUCCAUUUCCCUCCAACUUACAAAUACGAUACGUUUUCCGAUGAUUACGAUACGAGCGAGAAAUGUCGAGUACCCGCGUGGACGGAUCGAGUUUUGUGGAAAGAUAAUCGCGGGAAGAAGAGUGCUACGAAUUUGAUCAACUAUGAUCGAGCCGAGUUACGCACAUCGGAUCAUCGACCAGUGUUCGCCGUUUUUCAAACCGACGUUUAUCGGGUGGAUUGGUCGAAAUGUGAGGGGCUCGUUGAAGAUAUUGUUAGUAGCAUGGGGCCGCCGGAUGGGACGAUUAUCUGCUCGAUUGAGGGCCUUUCCCACUUUCCGCCAGAGCUCGUCCGCGAGAUUUUGAUCAAAAUUCGGGAAUUGGAGUUACAACUGCUUACGAGCAAAUUAGACGGUCCAGAGUUAUGGUUAAUCUUCUCGACAGGCGAAUGUGCAAUUGCUGCACUUUCGAUGGACGGAUUGAUCAUCAAUCGACAUCAAUUAAAUGUUCAAUUAAGAACUCCCGAAUGGACAGAUCACGUGAAACCUCGACUCGCCAAAUUCGAUGUCACUGUUGAGCAGAUGGAUGUGCCUGGAGUCGAGUAUGGGGAAACGAAUGAAUUCCUGUUUGAUGAAGACGAUGAUCUCUCAGAAACAGCCUCCAUUUCGCGUCUCUCUUUACUUUCCACAGCUCCUCCUGAACGUCCCCGUCCACCAAGUCGUGGCCCACCCGAACGACCACAACGACCAGCUUCCGUCAAUCUGCAUAUCCCAACAAGUAGCUCAGCAAUUCAACUCGUCGCCCUCGAUUGGCCCGACAAUGAGUCCGCCUCGUCUUACUCAGCUCUCUCCAGCUCUUGUCCUCAACGAAAAGGUCUUCUCCAUCAUCACCUCACUCCCACUCAUCCCGCUCCCACUCCUCCUCCAUCAUUUUCUCUUCAUUCUUCAAUCUCCUCGUUGAAUACAUCAAGAAAUUCGCCCAAUUGGGACGGUUUCUCGCAGUCAUUCUCCGGUGUCCCCUCCUCUUCCGCCAAUCAUUCCACAUCGGAUUUCAAAGCUCCCCUUCCGCAACCCAAUGAUCCCUAUUCUUCUGUCUGGAAUGAUCCCUCUCCAUCACCCCCAAUUCCACAAAGAUUUCAUUCAAUGUCUCCAUCAAUCCCUCCCCGUUUACCCCCAGUCUCUUCAGCUCCAUCAAUCGACUCAUCAACCUCUUCCAAUAAUGUACCCAAAAUCCCGCCACGCCCUAAAUAUGUCAAUUUG